AGGUUCAGGGUUAUUACGCAAAAUGUGCAAGUGCGACCCUACCGUAUAGCACACACAGGGAGCGAAAGAGGUCGAAUUGAAAUUUCUUUACAAAAGAAAAGAAAGAAUCGAAGAAAUGGAUUCAUCGUCCAACUCUUCAACCAUGGCAUCGCUUCCCGAAGAAGAAGAAGAACAACAGCACACCAAGCAACCGAAUAUCCCUUCUGCCUUUUCCUCUGUUCCUGUUCGCCCUGCUGUUCAGACUUCUUCACAAAAAUACUCACCUUUGGAUUGGUUGGGCUAUUUUGACCAAGAAGAUGAUAUUCACAUUCCAGAUUCGAAUGAUGUUUUUCACAUUUAUAAAGCAGGAUCAGAUGGACCAGUUAUUUUUUGUCUGCAUGGAGGUGGUUAUUCUGGGCUUUCAUUUGCAUUGGCAGCUAGUAAACUUAAGGAAAAGUCAAGGGUAGUAGCCAUGGACCUAAGAGGACAUGGGAAAUCUUCCACGGAAAAUGAACUCGACCUAUCAAUAGAGACUCUAUGCAAUGAUGUGAUUGCUGUUUUGAAGACAAUGUACGGCGAUUCUCCCCCUGCAAUUGUGCUUGUUGGCCACAGCAUGGGAGGCUCAGUUGCGGUUCACGUUGCUGCAAAGAAAGAAUUAUCUAGGUUGUGUGGGCUAAUUGUUGUGGAUGUUGUUGAGGGAACAGCCAUGGCAUCGUUGAUGCACAUGCAGAAAAUUCUAUCAGGCAGAAUGCAAUACUUUUCAACCAUCGAGAAAGCAGUCGAGUGGAAUGUCAAAGGUGGUUCUUUAAGAAACAUUGAGUCUGCUCGUGUAUCCAUCCCUAGCACAUUAAAGUUUGAUGAUUCGAAAAAAUGUUAUAUUCACCGGGCACGGCUGGAAGAAACAGAACAAUAUUGGAGAGGCUGGUAUGAAGGCCUUUCAGAAAGGUUUCUGUCAUGUCCUACUCCAAAGCUCUUGCUCCUAGCUGGAACAGACAGACUGGACAGAACUCUCACAAUUGGUCAAAUGCAAGGCAAGUUUCAAAUGGUAGUUGUCCGACACACUGGACAUGCCAUACAGGAAGAUGUACCUGAGGAAUUCGCCACUCUCGUACUCAAUUUUAUAUCUCACAAUCGAAUAGGACCCCAUGGCGUCGAGAUACCUGGGAUUCGUCGACCAGCGCAGUUGCAAUCCUAAAUCAGAUGGCAUCAAGCUUAAAGAUGACAAGCCCCACCAUGGUGAUAGUUUGUUUAUUUUUUUUAUUUUUUUUUUGUUUGGGUUCUCUUUGGCAAGUCAACAAAUAUGCAGCAAUCAGUGAUAUUUUGAUAAGCUUCAGUAGAUGUAUUAUGUGGCAUUCUUCACCAGAGGAGGAUGUUUAAAUUUUUUUGUUGAGAUGAAAUGUUUUGGAAUUUUUUGUUAACUAAUCAUUGUGUUUGUCUGCUGAUCACAGUUUUAUCAUUUGGGGCUAAAGUAAAUUUAUGCUUAAAGGUUGACUUAUAAUU